CUUUGAGUGCCAUCGCCAUCCCAGCCACAAUGGCAACACAAGAGCUUGUUCUGUCGGCCUCUUCAGCUUCUGGAAGCUCGUCUUCUCGCUCUGGCGGGUCAACUUCAACGCCCGCGAUCCACCUCCACGACCUUGCAACCUCAUCACACGUCCAGGCCUUCAAGACCUCGAGUAAUGGGCCCAACUCGUUGGCUACCGUCAGGAGCCAAGACGGCGUCGGUGGAACCGUCUGGGCCAUCCAAGAGGGAAAGGCUAUCGCAGGCGUGUGGGCGUGGCAGAAGGACCAGCAACACCUGAAGCUCCAUCUGCCGGAGCGCUUGACUUGCUUCUCUAUCUCGCCUAACGGACUGUGGGCUGCAGGAGGCUCGCCAAAUGGACAAGUUUAUGUCUGGGAGAUCGCGUCUGGGGCCCUCCAAGCAUCCUGGACAGCUCAUUAUCGUACAGUCAACAGUCUGACGUUCACCCCGGAUAGUGCUCUCUUGAUCUCAUCCUCGGCAGAUGCCUCGGUUCACGUCUUUGUGGUCGCACACUUGCUGGAUCCCGAUACCCCUGGAACAUACAGCCAGCCCUACGGAACGCUCGGAGACCACACCCUUGCCAUCACGGCCGUGGCUGUGGGUAGAACGGCGAAUGCCAAUGGCGGACGGUGCUGGACUGCGGCAGAGGACGGGACAGUCAAGGUGAGGCCUUUGUCGAAUUCACAGUCUGACGCUUCUCAGAUGUGGUCCUUGAGCCCACCGUUCGACUUGUUGGCGACAUUCUCCUUGCCUUCCGCGGCCAAGCCUACGUCGUUGGUUGUCGAUUCGGCAGAACGAUUCGUCUACGUGGGAUCGGGUGAAGGCAAUGUCUACCUCAUUCCCCUUUUCAAGCGCAAGGGUGCUGUUGGAGGAGCUGAAGCUAUCGAAGGCGAUGGUCUUGGAGCUCCUUCCAUCAAAGCGGAUCUCGCCUGUCUUACUGUCGAAUCACCAGUUACAUGCCUCGCUCUGUCGCACGGCGAGAGUCAGCUGCUUGUGGGCACGCGAAGCGGAGAGAUUCACAUCCACUCGCUCCCUUCGCACCAGCAGCUGCGAACGAUCACCGCCCACUCUGGCCCCAUCACGCAUCUGUCCACACUUGUUCGGCCCGCCGACCUCUCCAACUCUGCAAGCCGUAACGACCCUUGGCCCAUCAUGGAAAUUCGGAACCUUGAACGGACCCGGGUCAAUGUUUCCAGCAAGCACGCGCAAACAGUUGGCAUCUCAUUGCGCCCUUCGAUAGGCUCAAGCCGACUGGACCGGCUGCGACGCGCUUCACCCCAGGCCCAGCUUGUUAGCGCACAGCAUGUGACAAACCAAGGGGAGGAUAACUCGGCAGCACUGUCUCAGGAAGUGCGAGAACUGCGAGCUGCGCUCGACCGAGCAGUGAAGCUGAAUGAGAAGAUGUGGAACGGCGUGGUCGACCUCAAGCUCGCUUAGACGUGUUGUCGUAGACGAAUAGACUUGAAGUGUACUGUAAAGACUAUGCAUUUAGGGAUCUAUGG